AAUGAACUAGAAGAUAACUCAGAUAUGGGACUAAAAGCUAAAAUCAAGGAAGAGGUUGCAGAUGGUUGUCCAGAAUAUAUAGAGAGUCAACCAUGUACAUCCCAAGAUCUUGAAGACUUGGUUAAAGCAGAUGAAGAUAACUCAGGUGAGAGAAGUAAUGGGUGCAUUCGGACAUACAAACGGCUGAACAGCUGAGUCAGCGGUAGCGUUCAGACAACACUGCUGGAAGCCAGCCGCUGAGAGAAUCACUGCUUACUAAGCUUUCCAUAUAGGGCUUUUCAUCGAUUGUCAUUUGUUUCGAGCUUCUGUUAUGUGUCACAUAAUAUUAAUAUAUCUACGUCAUAUGUCUUUGGUUUGUAUCAUUGGCAAUACCAAUAACGUAUGACAUAGAUAUAUUAAUAUUAUGUGACACAUGACAGAAGCUCGAAACAAAUGACUGUGAAUGAAAAGCCCUAUUAGCCCUGAAUACAACCACUCAGCCGUUUUGUGCUGACAGUCAGCCGUUGUGGUCCUCCGAACACACAAAAUAAAACUUUGUAAGAAGAACUUGUAUAGAUUUCAUUUUAAUUUAUAACAGAUAAUAAUUGUUCCUACACUUAGGAGAUACAAUAGUCUAGAACUUAGUUUGUGAUGAAAGUAUCAUUAAGAAAAAACACAUUUCUCAGAAAAUUUUAGUAUUUACACCAUGGUAGGUUCUGUGAGGGACAUGAUAAUGCCCACUUAUUAAGCUUGUCACGCAUGGGGACCUAUACUAUAAUAUAAUUAUAUCUCAUAUAUUACAAAAAUGCCUCUAACUAUUGUAAUGAGUGAGCCUGCGUAUAAGGAACCAUAAUAUAUAUUUUUGUACAUGUCAGUUUUAUCAAACUGAUAAAACACUUCAGAAAAUGCAAUAGCCGCAGGUAGUAUUUUAAAGAUAGUCACUCCCACAUAUCUAAAUAGAUCGUGGUGUGUACGAAGGAAUAUUGGUAAAACUUAUUAAAACUUUAAAAUGCGGCACAGGGUACCACAGUGUGGACACUGGAGGGUUAAGGGGAUAGGCGCAAACUUUUGGCUCCAAUGCUAUUUAAAUGCAUUCAUUUUUUUUUUCGAAUUAUGAGAAAAGUAAUAAGUAUUUUUGAAAUAUUUAAACGCAGAAUGAAAUAUUCAUCACUACCGAGGGUAGAAAGUCUCUGAGAACUUCAAUAAUGUUUAUUCUAAUAACCUCCUUAGUCCCCGCGUCGUCUACAAGCGACAUAAAACAUGCUUUGUUUAGAAAUUUUUUCUGGGAUGAAAGUUUAGGUAGGCAGCCUUGAAAAGUAGUACACUGGAAAGCCAAAAGGUGGCAUCACCUGCUAGAGUGAGUUUUUAGUUCAUUCAUUCGCAUCUGACAACUGUGAGUGAGAAGUAAAAAUGGCGGACUGUCCCAAACGGCCAAUUCCAUGUUCAAGUUUCUGUAAGUAUUUUUUCUGUUUUUUCCUUAGCAUAAAAUUCUCAUUCAAUGAUUGAACACUUAUCUUGAAGACUUGGUCUUUUCAUCUGUAAAUAGAUAAUUAUCAUUCCAUUUAUAUUUUUCAAGCAGUUACCAUGGAAACGGUUAUGUCGUCUGAUGGAGACAUUGGGAUUUUAGAUAUAUUUUUUUACCGUUUGGAUUUGAUUAUUUAAAUAUACAAUUAGAAUUUUUUCUUCAAAUCUGUAAUAUUCUAGUAACAUUUUAAACUGAAUACUAAUAAAAACUAAUAGACCGAUUAAUUUUUUAUGAUAUAAAUAUUUUUAUAUGCUGUUCUAAACCUGGAAUAUUUCGUGUAAACCAAGUUAACUAUUUGGAAAUAAUAAACUAAAUACAGUAAAACCUUUGUUAAUGGCAACCUGUCAAAACCGGCCACCUGUACUAGCCGGCCAAUUUCAAAGUACCCCAAACCAAAAUUUGUGUACCACAAAACCUGGUAUUAGCGGCCACCUUUUUAUAUCGGCCAAUAGUUCUGUCAUUUUUAGUGACCGUUACUGACAGGUUUUACUGUAGUUUUAAACUCGCAAUAUGUAUCUGCAUUUUACUAUUUGCGUAUGUUAUUUACAGAUUCCAAGCGAAUUCAAGAAUAUGUUGACGAUCGAUUUGAUGGAGAUAACAGUGAGGUGGACAUCAGCGAUGAUGAUGACUUGGAUGCAGAUCCAACGUGGCUACCACAGCAGGAGACCACUGACAUUGGGGAAAUAGACGAAGAAGAGGAAGAAGACGAAGAAACGAUAUCGGAUGGUACCUCAACUACUUCAGACAUGAUGGCUUCUAAUAUUACAACUGGCGAAGACAAUACUCCAGUCGCACAAGCCGUGAGUAGCAGUGAAAGAUACUUCUGGAAAAAAAACUCAGAUUUUGAACCAUGCUUGCCAGCUCCAGAUAAUACUCCUUUAGAAAUAAAUGCUGUAAAUCUGCAACCUCAUGCAUAUGUUAGCAAGUAUAUUCCUGAGAGUAUUUUCAAAGUUAUUUUAGAACAAACAAACAGAACGUAUGUGGAAAAAACUGGGAAAGUUCUUUUGAAUGAUGUGGAAGAUGUAAAAAAGUUUUUUUCAGCAAGUUUGAUGAUGUCUAUUAUGGGAUAUCCACGGAUUAGGAUGUAUUGGGCCAGAAAAACCAAAGCAGAAUGUAUAAGUAACCUCAUGCGAAGGGAUAAAUAUUUUUGUAUUCGAAAGAAUCUGAAAAUUGUGUAUGAUGGUGACGUAACGGAUGAAGAAAAGAACGCCUACAAGUUUUGGAAAGUAGAACCACUGAUCAGGUCAGUUAAAACAGGUUGUUUGCUGAAUCCAAAGCCUCAAGUAGUGGCUAUAGAUGAACAAAUGAUUCCUUUCUGGGGGCAUUGCCCAGCCAGACAAGUAAUCAAAACAAAACCCAAUCCAUGUGGCUUGAAAAAUUUUGUUGUAGCUGCUCCAGAUGGACUGCCACUAGAUUUUUUCUUUUACCAGGGAAAAGGUGACCCUAUAGUUCAUGAUGAACGUUUCAAACUUCUAGAUGUUGGUGGUAAGGCUGUGAUGAAGCUUCUGACUACGUUUCCUCCUGGGGUUUCAAUUUAUAUGGAUAGAUAUUUCAAUUCUGAACACCUUUUAGAUUUAUUACAUUCAGAAAGAGAAGCUACAGGUACUGGCACUUUGAAACAAGUAAGAAUACCCAAAAACUCCAAGCUAAGAAGUGAUACUGAUUUGAAAAAAGAAGGUAGGGGGGCAAUUGAUGAGAGUGUAAGAUCAGACGGUCAAGUGUCUGUUGUAAAAUGGUUUGAUAACAGAGCCGUAAUUUUGAUGUCAAAUAGAGAGGGCUCACAACCUGUCGAUAAAUGUAGAAGAUGGUGCAAAAUACAAAAGAGAUUCAUUGAAGUCAACAGGCCUCUGGCAGUUAAGGUCUACAAUGCCAAUAUGGGAGGCAUUGACUUCUUAGACCGAAUGAUAAGUUAUUACAGGAUCUCUGCUCGAACUAGAAAAUGGACAGUCAGAGUUAUCAUGCAUUUGUUUGACUUCGCAAUUUCAGCAUCAUGGAUCGAAUAUCGACGAGAUCAGCGACUUUUAGGAACCCACAAAAAAGAUAUUAUGGAUCUGUUCUGUUUUAAAGAAGAGUAUGCAUAUUUCCUAGCCCAUGGUCAUCAGGAGAGCUCGGAGGAUAGUGAUCCAGAUUAUGAGUGUUCCUUACCCCCUCAUCGGAAGCAACCCAGGGUAUCCCACCCUCCAGACUUGCUCCGUAAAAAGCACACUUUGCAUUUGCCAGAAAUCCCAACACCAGCCAAGAAGAAUAGAUGCCGAAUGCCAGGAUGUUCAGCCAACUCAUCUAGAAUCAGGUGUUCUACAUGCCAGGUGUUCCUUUGCAUCCAAGAAAAUAGAAACUGCUUCAAGCUGUACCAUGAACUAUGACAAGUGCGUUAACUCAGCCAGAAUCAAUGUUCUACAUGUCAGGUGUUCCUCUGCCUCCAAGAAAACCGAAACAGCAUCAAGGUUGUGUAUGAACUGACACCAGUGAAUUAUCUAUCAGCUAUUUUUUAUCAUAUUUUAUUACUUAAUAAAUGAUAUAAACAAUGUUGUGUAUUUAUUUCCAAUGUAUUCAUAAAAAAUCAUGGCUAUGUUACGCAUAAAACACAAAUUCCUUUAAAACCCAAUGUCGCCCAUAGGAGACAUUGGAUUUUAAAGAUGGCCGCCAUAAAAAAAUUUUUUUGUAAUUUUUUUUCUUUUCUUGAUGCCUAAUGUAACAUAGAACACACCGAAAAAUUGAAAUUAAGAAACAAAAAAUUUCCUGGGACUGAGGAGGAUAAGUUACAGGGGUGAAAAAGAAGAGAAAAUUGAGUGGGAUUUUUAAUUUCAAAUAUCUCAUUCAAAAGAAACUUUUUGUUUUCAAAUUUUUUAAAAAUAUUUAUUAGUUUUUGUUAUACAACACACUCAGUUGAAUAUAAUGUGGCGACAAGGCCACUAAAUAUUUGAUACUGACAGUAGUGUGUGUGUAGUAGAUCCUGACAGUGACUAGUGAGGUAAGAAGAGAAUACUCACAAGAGAAUAUUCUCGAGAACUAGGAUAUUCUCGGCCAGAAUAUUCUCUUGAGAGUUGCUUCGUCCUUAAUAGUGCUAAGAUGAUACAUAAAAAAGAAAAAUGAAAAACAGAAAAUGUGGAUACGGCUUUUCUAAGUAAAUGCAAAACAAUGAGUAAUUUAACUAUGGAAAUAAUGCUAUUGUUAUUGUUAUUUAUAUAUACUAACAGUUUUAGUUUAAUGUCUUUAUUCAGGGUGCACUACUCUUCCAUUUGUCUCAUAGUUCCAGAAGUAUGCCAAGUUCCACAACUCGGAAUGUAAAUGUACUGCAUUAAUAAACCUUAUUGUGAUUUCACUUGACCAAAUUUCUUUGUAUGUUUUGAGAAAACCAAAUUAAAUUUCAACAGAGGACAGGCAAUAAAGAGGAAAUAUAGAGUAACAUGCAAAAUUUUCCACAGCAGUUCGACUUUAUCGGCAAGGCAUUAGGCACUGCAAUAGUGUUCAAAUAUCAGUAAGAUUUCGGCCACAUGACUCAGCCAAAUGGCAAUAUUUUCAUUAUAUGGCUGUAAGGUUGCCAGAAACAUACCAAAUAUAUAUAUUAGGCAACAUGGGUUCAAUAACUAGCUUCAAUAUGGGAUUGCUUCAAUAACUAGCCCAUCUAAAAUUUAAAGUUUUAAAGUAAAAUUUAUUUAAAGUUUGUUGCAAUUUCAUUUGAUGUUGCUUAGUUAUAUUGGAUUUUGUAAAUUAUUUGUAAUAUCUAUUCUCUACAUUGAUUGUAUAUUAGGGUAACCUAUUUAAAUGAAUAAAUAUCUAUCUAUCUAAAAAAAUCUAAAUGCCCCUUUAAUGUAGACCAAUCCAUGACUGAGCUGACGACUCAUGAAAAAUAAAAUUCCACAACUUCUCAUCAGUACAUUGAAAUGCAGAAUGUAGAUGACUAGGAUGAUGAUAAAAAUAGAUUCUGAACCUGAGGCCUCAUGUUUUUCUGA